GUAUAAAAAGAACGCGCAAUUCGUUGUACUGCAGUAUUGGAAGUAACAUCGUCCGUCAUUUACUAGCAGUGCAAUCAUAUAAUGUUUUCAAUCUAUGAUUAGUUGAAUUCUUGAAGAACCCUAAACCAAAAUGGCGACAUAUUUGGAAAUUUCCUGCGGCUUCAUAGCAGUGUUUCUUGCACUAUACUACUAUUUCACGUCGACCUUUAAUUAUUGGAAAAAACGUGGAAUUAAAGGUCCAGAACCCAUACCAGUGUUUGGCAAUAUUAUGGCACCAAUGUUAGCAAAGCAGUCAUUAGCAGACUUCCUAAUGAAUCUUUACAAGAAAUACAAGAACGAACCAAUGAUUGGAAUAUUCGUAAAAAGAGAACCUAUUCUAAUUAUUCUUGAUCCUGAUAUCAUCAAGGAUGUCCUUAUCAAAGAUUUCUCCAAAUUUGCAAACCGUGACUUCACGAUACAUGAAAUAGCAGAACCGUUAUCUCAGCACCUCUUUGGUCUGGAGGUCGAAAGAUGGCGUCCGCUAAGAACUCAACUCUCUCCAGUAUUUACAUCUGGCAAACUCAAAGGAAUCUUUUCCCUGAUUCUUGAUUGCGCUAAACAUUUGGAAAAAUAUAUGGAUACUUUAAUACAGAAAGGAGAACCCAUCGAAAUCCGAGAAGUAACAGCCCAAUACACGACUGACGUGAUCGGUAGCUGUGCAUUUGGAAUUGAAAUGAACUCGAUGUCGGAAAGUGAAAGUGAAUUCCGCAAAAGGGGCAGAGAAAUCUUCGCUACUAACCUUACAACAUUUCUGAAAGUCAAAAUGAAAGAAUGGAUGCCACAGUUAUAUGAUUUACUUGGUUAUGUACUUCCUAAGAAUAAAGCAAUGGCAUUCAUUGAGAGAAUCACUAUAAGUACGAUGGAGUAUAGGAAGCACAACAAUAUAGUCAGAUCAGAUUUUAUAAAUACACUUUUGGAGCUGCAGAAACAUCCUGAAAGAGUCAACGGUAUCCAAUUGACGGAUACUUUACUAGCUGCACAAGCGUUUGUGUUCUUCGCAGCUGGCUUCGAAACUUCAUCGACAACGAUAGCCAAUGCCAUUUAUGAAUUGGCUCAAAACCAAGAGAUACAGGAUAAAUUACGAGAAGAAAUUAAAGAAUUCGACGCGAAAAACAACGGGGAAUGGAAUUACGAAACUGUCAAACAAAUGAAGUACCUGGAUAAAGUUUUUCGAGAAACUUUAAGGAAAUAUCCGCCACUGGUAUUUAUAAGCAGAAAGGCAACGAAAAAUUACACGUUCGAAAACCCGAAGUUGACAGUCCUUAAGGACGCCAAGGUAUGGAUACCUCUAUUUUCAAUUCACAGAGAUCCGGAAAUUUACCCACAUCCAGACAAAUUUGACCCAGAAAGAUUCUCAGAAGACGCAGUGAAAGUCAGGCACCCCAUGCACUACAUACCCUUUGGUAAUGGCCCAAGAAACUGCAUCGUUAUAGAGUAUCGAGCAGAGUAGGCUUCUCUAGGGAAAAUGGCGUUAUAGAGCAAACAGGAAUUCUUAAAAUCUUAAUUUUGGCGAUAUUAAUACCAAAAGUGAUUUAAAAACAAAUAGUAUGAUCUUUUAUUGUUAAAUGUCAUAAAAUUUAGUAUACAGGGUGUUACCUGUAACGUUACUCACGAUUUUUCACCCACUUGUAGCCACCUGACAAAAAAAAUUUAGAACAAGAGAUUCAGCAAUCUCUUCGGGGUCAAAUAAUGUUUACACUGUCAAAGUCAAAUACGACGAAAAGCUAAAUAUUUCACAUUUCCACUUCUGUAAAUCAAGUAAUAUGUUAGUAAAAAUAUCAUGUAAUAUGUGUUUUGAAUUGGUCUCGAUGUUCUCUAAAUAUGGUAAACAAAAAAAAUAUACGGUCCUAUUUAUAAAACCCAAGGUGACCUUGACUUCGCCAUGAAAACAAACUGUUUUCGAAAUUUGUUUUACUGAUAUCUAUUAUGCACUUCAUACCCUGCAACUCUUGUUGUAAACUUUUUUUUGUCAGAUGGCUGCAAGUGGGUGAAAAUUCGUGACUAACGUUACAGGUAACACCCUGUAUAUUAAGAUAAUGUGAAUAAUGAAAUAAACUUGAACUUCAUGCGUAAA